AUGACAAUUGAUGAAUCUAUUAACCAAUUAUUUAUUGAGAUAAAUUCUAUUAACUCAUUAAUUAAUGAUAUUAUUGAUGUUAUCUUAAAAGAAGUUCUUGAAAUUAAGACAAAACAAGAUGCUUUAUUUGUAUUACUUACAAAUCCAUCUCUUUCAUUAGCAAGUUUGAUUUAUAGACAAUAUUCAAUAACUGAAGAUAAUCUCCAUGAAAUAUCUACAUUCAUUGAGUCUAUCAAAAAAGACUUUUCAUUAUUAUGUCAUUGUCCAGAAACACUCUUCGAUAGUUUUAUCAAGUUUCUUCCUCAUAAUAUGAAACAUAGAUUACUUCAAUUUUCUUCUACUUCGUUGUUAUCAUCAAUAAAAACUAAAAAGAUUCAAGAAAGGUAUAAAUUUGAUUAUCUUACUCAACAAGUUAAAGAAAUUCAACAUGAUUGGAUAGAUCAAUUGACAUCAAAACCUCUUAGUCACAUACAACUAAGUAAAUUCAAUAAUUUAUCAACGGUCAUUUCAACACUAGACAUUGAAAGUCUUCAGAAAUGGGUUGGUAAAAAUGAAUGUGAAUUAAUUUAUUCAGUUCAUCAAUUAGGUAGUACUGCAGAUUUUAAUGACAAAAUUAGUGGAAAACAAAACAUUACAUUUCUUUUUAGUGUUUCAAAUGGAUUUGUAUUUGGAUGUCAUUUUGGUCAAAUCCCAAAAACUUGUCAACAUCUUAUUCAUGCUAAAAAUGAUCCAAAUCAUUUCAUUUUUACUCUUGGUGGAUGUCGUGGAACAAAACCAAAAAGAUUUCAAAGAACUACUAAUACUAGUGCAUUAUGGUUGAUGUCUAACCUUGAAACUGAGAAACUUAUUGAUAUAGAUGCUGCUUUUUAUAUUAAACACUAUGGAAAAUCUUUUGUAUAUCAAAAUAUUGAUGAGUUCUACACUAUAAAAUCCAAAGAGAUUGAUACUUUCACAGGUAAUCAUUAUCCUUCAACAUUUAGAAUAAAAUAUCUUUUUGUAUUACAAUGGAAAUAG